AUGUCGACCAAGCCCAAGCGGCGAAACUACACCGACGAGGAGGACCUUAUGCUCCUUCGUCAAGUAGCAUAUGAAAUGCCCUUUCUGGCCCGUCACGGGCUCAUAAUGGACAAGUGGGCGUCGGUGGCGCAGGCGCUUGCGGCCGACGAGAACUUCUCUCGUCCCGAUUUCGAUGCAAAAAAGGCCAACAACCGCUUUGCAGCCCUCCUCGAUGCUCACAAGAAGAGGAACAAGGAAGCUGAGCAAGCGUCUGGGGUGUCAGAAGAAGUGACAGAGAAAGUGACGCUGUUGGACGACUUGCUGGCCGCAUUCGAGGACGCAAAAGAGGAAGAAGCAGCACGUGCUGCAGAAACAAAGAAGGCCAUGGAGGCCAACGAGCAAUUGGGUUUGGUGGUGCGUGACGAGGCGAUGCAAUCCCUUGGUAAGCGAAAGCGGGGCGUAAACGAAGACGAUGCAACAACUACUUCUGGGGGUGGUAAGAUCAUGAAAGUGAUCUCAAUGCUGCACGAACAGUCUGUUUCAGAGCUCACAUUCCAAAGAGAAAAGUUCAAUCGCGAAAUGGAAGAGCGCGAAAAGGACCGCCAGGUUCUCACUGAACAAAUGCGUCAACAGCAUGAAUCGACCUUGAAACAACAAGAGGCUAUGCUUAAAAUCAUGAAUGCCAUGGUAAACAAAUUGCAAUAA